AGAGUUUAUUUCAGCUCAUUAUAGUCCAUCAUGAAGGAAGUCAGAGCAGGAACCUGGAGGCAGUGACUGAAGCAGAGACCACGGAGGAGUCCUGCCUGCUGGCUUGCUCUCGGUGGUUUGCUCUGCUUGCUUUCUCUACAAUCCAGGAGCACCGGAUUGGGGUGGCAUUGCUCACAGUGGGGUUAAUCAAUAAAAUGCCCCAUAAACCUGCCUGCAGGCCAUCUGAUGGAAGCAUGUUCUCAGUGGAGGAGGUAUCCCGGGUAACCCCCCCACUCGUCCAGCUGACCACCACCGACAAACACUGACCAGCAGAGAUGAGCACAGACAAGCCCAGUGGUGCCAAGGCAGAGCCUGCAGGUUAAAACACACGGUCUCCUUGGUCAGUCAGCAGUGGAGGGCAACAGAUGGAGAAAUGGAACCCUUAAUACAUUGCUACCACAGGGCCACAUCUGAACUGGCAGUGCCACCCCAGACAGGUGCCCAAGGGAACAAAACAGGAACCACAAGGACUUUGUGAGUCAGGACACCAUCGUCCAUCACAGUCGGGGGAUGGGAGUAACCCACACGUGCUAGUGGGGUGGUAGGCCACACAUGGCCUUCCCACACCGCAGACCGUUGACAGCCACAGCGAGCGUGGCAGUUGGUGGCCAGUGCUACGUGGGUCCACAGACUAACCUCAUGGCUAAGCAAGUCACAGAGACAAAAGCAGCUUCGUUGACUGUGGCAUCAGGGUGGGAGAUGAGCCUGUGUCUAGCCAGCUCUGAGCACACACUGGAUGCUGACAAGGGUGGGUUCCGAGGUAUGUAAAUUAUUUUUCAGUGAAAUGGUUACCAGAAAAUGGCCAAAAAUACUAGUCCAGCUAGUACUGUAGAGUCUCAGGAACAGGAAGUAACACUGCCCAUCCCUUGAGCUCUGGCCCAGAAACAGGUGUUGCAUGCGACUGUUUCUGGCAGGUGCAGGGCCACCUAGGCCUAGGGAAGAAGGAACUCCAGGCAGCUUGAAUCUGUGUUAGCACAGUGAGAGAAUACAGUGUUGAUGGGUACUGUGGCCAGUCUCUUCUUGCAGAAGAGAUUACAUGGAACAGUGAAGCCACGCCCGCACCUGACCCUAUGCCUGGUCUCUGCCGCCCUAGGGCAGAGUUCUCGUCCCUCCCCCGUACUCUCCUGACCCACCAGCAGCUGGCAUGUAGUGGAAGCACCCAUUCCUUGUGGACUGGGCAUGAUGGGAAGAUGUGAGAAAUACAGCCAUCAGCGGUGUUGAUGUAGUCUAGGACCACAGGGGCCACCUGAAACCAUGACAGUGCACAGCCCUAUAGACGUUUUUCCAUUUCCACAAAUUCCCACAGAGCUCAUAAAUCAGGUUCAGUAAAAACAACUCAAGCAAAGUAGCUGAGCCAGUACUGGGGUAAAAGCUGCGGGGAUGGAUGUGAGCUCCCCGAGCUCAGCAUACCCUGUGGCAUGUCUAAUAACACCUCUCUGGCAUGUCACACCUCCAUGAUCACUGUCCCGGCCCGCCCUCUAGAGCCCUUAGGACCUGAGUAAGGAUUCCCUGAGAGUAGCACUGCAGCUCUCUUCAGAGGAGUCUGCUCUCAGGAGUGGAUUCUCUCCUGCCACCUAAUGGUGUGCAGCCACCGCCCUCAGGACAUCAGGCCUGCCUGGAAGGGUCUACCGGCUGAGUCACCUACUGGCCCGAGCACUGUGGUUCUAACAAUGGCUGGGUAACAGCUAAGUAACAAAAGCUUGCAAAACUUCCAGCUUGAUAUGCUGGACCAAGGACGACUCAUGAGGUGGGGGUGUCAAAAGAGCCCAUCAUCCUCAGUUUAAAACCUAAAGCAUAUAGAUUGUUUAUUUCUGGAAUGUUCCAUUUAAUAUUUCCAAACCACGCUUGAUCCUGUUAAGUAAUUAAAACUCUAGAAGGUCAAACUAUGAAUAAGGAAAAGCUACUGUAUCACAUUUAAUUUUCAUACACCCCCUGAGGUAGCUGUUAGGACCACAGAAAUGGCUGUGAUCAGGUAAGAGAUGGUUUUAACCAGCUGUCUUCAGUGGUCAAGCCUAGUCAGGAGACAAAAAGAUUCAGAGAGGUAGGGUACAGUACGCCCCAUCCGCCCCAUCACACUGCUAAUUAAGGGUGGGGCUGGCCUCAGAAGCAGACAGGAACACUCCUGGAGGGGCUGUGCUCAAACUCCUGACUCCUGUCUUCUCUUACAGCUUUCCCAGGACUCAAGGCCACUUGUCCACCCCUCUCCACCUUCUACUUCCUUUUUGUGAUCUUUGUGCUGUCCACCAUCUUCUACUGCCACCGGCGCCUGGCUCUGGUGCCUGACCCCUGGGCCUCUUCAGCCCUUGUGGUCUUAGCCCCAAGAAACCUGCCCCAGGAGGGCAUGUUCACCAUCAAUGCCAAAGGCCGCCUGGGGAACCAGAUGGGCGAGUACGCCACCCUGUUCGCACUGGCCAGGAUGAACGGAAAGCCCGCAUUCAUCCCCGCAUCUAUGCACAGCACCCUGGCGCCCAUCUUCAGGAUCAGCCUCCCGGUGCUGCACAGCGACACCGACAAGAAGAUCCCAUGGCACAACUACCACCUCAACGACUGGAUGGAGGAGCGGUACCGCCACAUCCCGGGACGCUAUGUGCGCCUCACAGGGUACCCAUGCUCCUGGACCUUCUACCACCACCUGCGCUCAGAGAUCCUGCAGGAGUUCACCCUGCACGACCACGUGCGUGAGGAGGCCCAGGCCUUCCUGCGUGGCCUGCGGGUGAAUGGGGUCCAGCCGAGUACGUUUGUGGGUGUCCAUGUGCGCCGGGGGGACUAUGUGCAUGUCAUGCCCAACGUUUGGAAGGGCGUGGUGGCUGACCGGGGUUACUUGGAACAGGCCCUGGACAGGUUCCGGGCACGCUAUCGGUCUCCCAUCUUUGUAGUCACCAGUGAUGACAUGGCCUGGUGCCGGAAGAGCAUCAGUGUCUCCCGAGGGGAUGUGUCGUUUGCUGGCAAUGGCCUUCAGGGGUCCCCUGCCAGGGACAUUGCACUGCUCAUGCAAUGCAACCACACUGUCAUCACCGUGGGCACCUUUGGAAUCUGGGCCGCCUAUCUCACAGGUGGGGAUACUGUUUACCUGGCUAACUUUACUCAGCCCAACUCCCCCUUCCACAUUGUUUUCAAGCCACAAGCAGCCUACCUCCCCAACUGGGUAGGCAUCGCUGCUGACCUGCCACAGGCCCAGCAGAGGAACCUUUAGUGGUGCCUCAACCUGGGCCCCCCAAGAGGCAUUGGAGGCUGUUUUGUACCUACUCAGGUUGCCACGUGCAGUUCCAGCCCAGCCUUCUGUGUUUCUCAGUUUAGAGAUUUGGGUCAGUGAUGUCACCUCGCUGCCCUCCUGUGCUCCCUGAGUAUGUGAGCUGCAGUCUCGAGUUACCUCAGCAGCGACAGGCACAGGUGACUGUUCCGCUGUGUCCACUGCAGGCCUAGCAUGCUGCGUCUGGAAGUCUGGAAUGCUUUCACCCGGAGGGCAGUGUCUUAGCUAGGGUUUCUGUGGCUGUGAUGAGACACCAGGGCAGUAAACAGUCUGCAGAGGAAGGUGCCUAUUUAAACUCAUACUUCACAGUCCAUCACUGAGGGCAGUCAGAGCAAGAACUCAACCGGCAGGACCCCGGGGCGGGAGCUGAUGCAGAGGCCAUGGAGGAAUGCCACUACCUGCUUGCUCCUCAUGGCUGAGCCCUCUGCCUUGGCUGACCCAGGACCGCCUGCCUGCACCGGCAGAUCUGGUGGGAGUGGCUUUCCUGCUGAUCCUCUCUCUUCAGAGAGCCUCAGCUCCUGUCAAGCUGACGUAAAGCUAGCCGGCAGAGCCAGCUUUGCGCUGUCCUUCCCGGUCACCCACCAGCAUGUAGGGUCCUGGGGGCUGUUUGGUGGUGGUGCGGCUCCUGCCCAGGAGUUAUGGGGCAUGGCGCUUCCAGCCGGCAUGACCUCAUCAGGAAAGGGAAGUUGGAGGGGCAGGCCUGAUGCAGGUGCCGGGUGGACAGCUGUGCGGAUAUUCAGUCACACUGAACUCCAGGCUGUGUUUGUGUUUGCGUUAACUAAAUAAAAUCAACCUUGGUUCAGGGGUGGAGUCAGCUCGUAGGCUGGAGCUGGCCACGGAGUCCAGAGUCCAGAGGAGCCAGAAUGUGGAGAGAGAUGCACAGGGAGGAGGGCUGGACUGGAGUUUCUUGCUUGCUUUUUGUUUGGGAAUGAACGGAGAGACAUGUCUC